UUGACAGUUCAGUGGUUUGUCAUAAAAAUAAGUGGUCUGGCAACCUCCCAUUGAUUUUGUAUUAAUUCUGUGAAAUCAUUGUUUUAAUUGUUAUAAGCGGCAUUACGGAAGAAAAAGGAAUUGAAUGCUAAAAAUAUGUCGAAUAACGAUGAACUUAUUGCACAAUUUAUUGAGAUAAGCGGUGGAGAUGAAAACGUCGCCAGAUUUUAUUUGGCAAGUUCCAAUUGGUCUUUGGAGGAUGCACUUUCUCAUUUCCUUGGCAAUCAAGUUGACGGAGAGGGUGACAGUGAAGAACAAUCAGUUGACAGAAAUUCAGCCGGAGCGUCCGUUGAUCCGCCCUCAACCAAUUCGAGCAGUCGCAGUCGUCCGGAAAUCGGCGCUGAAGGUUUUACCAAAAAAACCUCGGACAGACCCAAAGUUGCGACACUAAAUGAUAUGACCAAACGUACGUCGAACGAAGAAGAGGGACAAGCUUUUUACGCCGGGGGCUCGGAGCGUUCAGGACAACAGGUUUUAGGACCACCGAAGCGUAAAAAUUUCCGAGAACAGCUAACUGAUAUGUUUCGUAUGGCACAAGAGCACAGUACCGGAGACUCGGCAGGCGGCUCAACCGGCCCGUCUACAUCUGGUGCUGUACAUUGGGGUCAGGGGGUUCGACUGGGCAUGACUGAUAACGAUCAUUCCGUCGUAGCGUCGCAUCAAGGCGAUGGCAACGCUACAGAGGAAAAAAGACCUAUUGUAGUCCUGAAGUUGUGGAGUCAAGGGUUUUCCAUUGACGAUGGGGAGUUGCGCCUGUAUGAUGAUCCCGAAAAUAAAGAAUUUUUAGAGACUGUGAUGCGCGGAGAAAUACCACAUGAGCUAUUAGAGAUGGGUUGGUUGGUGAAUGUAGAUGUGGAAGAUCAUCGCCACGAAGAUUAUAAAAGGAAAAGUGUACCUCCGAAAUUCAAAGGGUCCGGCCAUACUUUAGGAAGUCCAACACCUAAUGUCGAAGGAGCUGCCGCCCCCAGCAGUGCCAAGCCAACGCCAAAGGUUCAAGGAAAAGAAGAUGAUGCUUCUGCUAAAGAGAAACUCAACAUAGAUUCUUCUCAGCCAACCACAACGUUGCAAAUACGUUUGGCCGAUGGUUCCCGUUUGAUGGCACAAUUCAAUUUGAAUCACACUGUUGCUGAUAUACAUCGCUAUAUAAUUAACGCAAGGCCACAAUAUGCGGAUGGAAACUUCAGAUUAGUAUCGUCAUUCCCAACCCGUGAAUUGACAGAUGAUGCCGCAACGAUUGAGUUAGCUGGCCUUAAAAAUGCAUCGAUAUUACAACGAAUGAACUGAGUCGCACACAUAUUUUUCAUUGGGGCAUAAAACCUCGGCUACUUGAACGGUGUAUUUGUAAAAUAUUUACUCUUAAACAUGAUUUGUUCAUAAAUAUAAAAAAAUAAAGCAAGAUACAAUGUAUUGCUAUUAAAAUACCAUCGCUCUGAAUAAGUGUGAAAAGAA